CGCGCGGCCCGCCCCUCUCCAGAGAGCUACGCGGCGGCGGAGCGCAGGCCUCGUGCCGUAACGGCCAUCCCGGCGGCCGCGGCGGUGUCCCUGUGCCCUCCUCAAGUGACUGGAGCCGGCUGGGCUCGGCAGAGGGAAGUGCUAAAGCUGCUAAAAGAUGGCAGAAGAAGUAGUAGUAGUAGCCAAAUUUGAUUAUGUGGCUCAGCAAGAACAAGAGUUGGACAUCAAGAAGAAUGAGAGAUUAUGGCUUCUGGAUGAUUCUAAAUCCUGGUGGAGAGUUCGAAAUUCCAUGAAUAAAACAGGUUUUGUGCCUUCUAAUUAUGUGGAAAGAAAAAACAGUGCUCGGAAAGCAUCUAUUGUAAAAAACCUGAAGGAUACUUUAGGCAUUGGAAAAGUGAAAAGAAAACCUAGUGUUCCAGAUUCUGCAUCUCCUGCUGAUGAUAGCUUUGUUGACCCAGGGGAACGUCUCUAUGACCUCAAUAUGCCUGCCUAUGUGAAAUUUAACUACAUGGCUGAGAGAGAGGAUGAAUUAUCAUUGAUAAAAGGGACGAAGGUGAUCGUCAUGGAGAAAUGCAGUGAUGGGUGGUGGCGGGGUAGCUACAAUGGACAAAUUGGAUGGUUCCCUUCAAACUAUGUAACUGAAGAAGGUGACAGUCCCUUGGGUGACCAUGUGGGUUCUCUGUCAGAGAAAUUAGCAGCAGUUGUCAAUAACUUAAAUAGUGGGCAAGUGUUGCAUGUGGUACAGGCUCUUUACCCAUUCAGCUCAUCCAAUGAUGAAGAACUUAAUUUUGAGAAAGGUGAUGUAAUGGAUGUUAUUGAAAAACCAGAAAAUGACCCAGAAUGGUGGAAAUGCAGGAAGAUCAAUGGAAUGGUUGGUCUGGUACCAAAAAACUAUGUUACCAUUAUGCAGAAUAAUCCAUUAACCUCAGGUUUGGAGCCAUCACCUCCACAGUGUGAUUACAUUAGGCCUUCACUCACUGGAAAGUUUGCUGGCAAUCCUUGGUAUUAUGGCAAAGUCACCAGGCAUCAAGCAGAAAUGGCAUUAAAUGAAAGAGGGCAUGAAGGGGAUUUCCUCAUUCGUGAUAGUGAAUCUUCGCCAAAUGAUUUCUCAGUAUCACUAAAAGCACAGGGGAAAAACAAGCAUUUUAAAGUCCAACUAAAAGAGACUGUCUACUGCAUUGGGCAGCGUAAAUUCAGCACCAUGGAAGAACUUGUAGAACAUUACAAAAAGGCACCAAUUUUUACAAGUGAACAAGGAGAAAAAUUAUAUCUUGUCAAGCAUUUAUCAUGAUAUUGCUGAUCAAAAUGACUGCUCUACAGCUUUAAUUCAUCAUGUAAUUGAAGACUGAGGAAGUGUCAGUCCAAUCAUGCUUGAUUGGAAAUUGCUGUUUCUAACUCUCAGAAUUGACUAUAAUACAUAAGUAUUUUUAUUAUAACUCAGCCCAUACAUUAUAUACUACGUAUGCAAUGCAUCUGCAUAGAACAGUUCUUAUCCUUGGUCUUCUAUUUUACUUUUUCCUUCUUUGCUGUUUUUCUCUUUGCUUCUAAUAUUAAGGUUUUAUAUUUUGGAGGAAAAAAAGGAGUAAUACAGAUCAGAAGUCUUUAUAUGGAAGAAUUUCUUUAUUCCUAUUACUGAUUUCCUUGUAAAGGCACCCCAUUAGUUCUGCCAUGGUUUCUCUUCAUAUAAAAUUAUAUCUAUAUAUGGCAUAUGCUCAAAUAAAUUUCUUGGAGAGUGUUAAUCUUUUCUGUGACUAAAUAGCAAUAAUAAAUGGAAAAUUAGAAAUUAUUUUCAGGUAUGUAUUUGUCACAAGCCAUUGUAAAUACCAAGUAUGUUGUGUAUGCCGUUAUUUUUUAACAGUUCAUUCAUUAUCUUCACUGUACUAUGAAACAGAUGGGGCAUGGGUUAGAAACAUCUUAACAUAAUUUUUAAUUACAACUGUUGAAACAAAAAAAUCACUCGAUUCUU